CCGUUCCAAUGGUCAGACUACUAUAUUUGGUGAUCUGACGAGCACCUGAUUACCGUCACUGCAAACUUUGCUCAUAUGGAACGACGACACCGAAACCCUAGCAAAAACCCUAAUUUGAUCAUCGUCAGCUCAUCCCUUCAAAUCCUCAAUUAAUUCUUGAAAAUGUACGGAUCUGAAGUAGCCACAGCCGAUGAUUCAGAGAGAACCGCUUUCAGGAAGGCAGAGAAGAAAUACAAGCUCUAUUACGAUCACAACUUCAAAUCUUCAAAAAAGAAAAAACAACCCAGAGCAGUAGAUUUAUCUGAGGUUGUUGAUUUCAAAUCCAUCGAAGACUCAUUCAAUCGAAAGGAGGACCUUCCUCCAGGAACAUUAUUGUUUCCAUGUGAUUUUGAUCGGCCCAUUUUUUGCUUGCAAAGUCGCCCAGGGUUUUAUUUCAUUCCUGGGGCAAUUGGUAUUGAGGAGCAAUGCCACUGGAUACGGGAGAGCUUAACAAGUUUCCCACAGCCUCCUAAUAGAACGAACCAUAAUGCAAUUUACGGGCCUAUAAAUGACUUAUUUAUUGCAGCUAGAGAAAGAAAAAUUUUAGUUGAGGAGGAUAGUUCCUACACAGAUGAGGGUUCUGAGUUUAAUUCUUUUGUCAGUCAUGUUGAUGGUCCUAGAUGGAAAUUUUGUAAGGAACCUGGUGUAUCAUCAAGAGGAAAUAUGUUGAAAUCGAUACCAGCAUCUGGUUUGCUGCAGAAGUUACGGUGGAGUACUCUUGGACUGCAAUUUGACUGGUCCAAGCGGAAUUACAAUGUAUGUCUUCCACACAACAAGAUCCCCGAUGCUCUUUGCCAAUUGGCUAAAAAGAUGGCAGCACCUGCAAUGCCAGGUGGGGAAGAAUUUCGCCCAGAAGCUGCAAUAGUGAAUUACUUCGGGUUAGGUGAUACACUUGGGGGCCACCUUGAUGACAUGGAAGCGGAUUGGACUAAACCUAUUGUUAGCAUCAGUUUGGGCUGUAAAGCUGUUUUCCUUCUUGGAGGGAAGUCUAGGCAGGAUCCGCCAGUGGCAAUGUUCCUUCGAAGUGGUGAUGUUGUGCUAAUGGCUGGAGAAGCGAGGGAAUGCUUUCAUGGUGUGCCCAGGAUCUUCACGGAUGAAGAAAAAGCCGAAAUCAACCCUCUUGAGCUGCAAUUCUCACAGCAAAAUGAUCUUUGUUUAUUGGAAUACAUUAGAACUUCAAGGAUUAACAUCAAUGUCAGACAAGUUUUUUAGUUGUAUUUCUUUCUCAUCCAAAUUUUGAAAUAUGAUUUUGUAUUCUUAAAAAAAAAAUAUAAGAAGUUAAUAAAGAUAAUGUUCAUUCUUAUUA